AUGUCAGGGGGAGGGGGCGUGCAUCUCUGCGCGUGGAGAAAAGGGGUCUGGAUGGAGAUGCCCUUGAAGACCUCCCUUCUCCACGGCGAGCCGUGCGCCUCGCGGGUCUUCGCCCGCACACGGCACUGGCCGCUGGCCGCGCGGCGCUACCGCCGCGCGACCCAGGCCAGCCGCGGCACCGGCGGCGACGCCAGCGGUUCCGCCAGCGGAGAGGAGGAGGAGGAAGAGGAGCAGAAAAAGAGGAGGAGGAGGAGGAGACGAAGAGGAACGAGAGGAGAAAGAGGAGCAGCAGGACGCUAG